AUGUCUUGGUUGCUGAAGGAUCAGAGAGUCGAGCAGAUUCCUGUGAUGGACAUACAACAUGUUGAGUUUGCAUCUCCUUGCCUCUACAGCUUUGCAAACCUCACUAGAGUCUUCCCCCCUGCAACGUCGAGCAGCAAAGGCAGCACAGACAUUUACAUGAAUGCGACCCUCCUGCUGUCAGAGUUGUUCUUCGAGCCGGUAUAUGAGAUCCGCACACGGAACACUCUGGCAGAUCUGAGAAUCAAAUCAGUGAGAGGGAUCAGACAAACGAAAGUCAAGAGUGGAUCAGGCAUGUAUGAGCGGGGAGCCAAACCUUCCGAACUUCAGCUCGUCGUUGUUGCGGAGAAGCAGGAGCUCUCCGUUGACGUACGUCCCAUGUGA